AUGAUUUGUGCAGUGGAAGUUGUACUUUUAGUUUUCGUUCUUUUAUCCUCACUGACAACAUUCUUCACUUCCAUACCUAAUUUAAAUCAAGUUGAUCAUGAUUGUUCUGGUCAGUCAAUUUAUUUUGUAAUUUUGGCUUUGGCCAUUGUUGCAUUGGUUGAAAUUAUUUCUCUUGCCACAACAUUCCAAUUAUCAGUUUAUGAAGAGAAGCAUCUCCUCACCAAUGCACGAUCAUCCAAAACAAAAGGAACAAGUUUAACUAGUGUAUUUUCACUUUCAUGUUGGAUUGUCAGAUUAGCUUUGAUUAUUACAUCAACUUCAUUGAUUGAGGGACCAGCUUGUAUCAAAUCAUCAAUUUAUACUUUGGAUUUGCAUUAUUUUGUUAUUGCUAUGUGGAUCUUUUGGGCUGCUUCUGCUCUUUUGAUUAUUCCAAAGUGGUUUCUUUUUGUCAAGUCAAGGAAUAUUGUAAACAAUCAUCAUAAGGAUAAUGAUCUCACUAAGGUUGUAUUGAGUGAUGAUGAAGAGGAAUUACUUUCGAGAAAUAGAGAAUAA